AUGGAACCGGAUAGAAUGACAACAACUAAAAGACCAGAAUGGAUGGUACCGGGAGGAAAGGUAACAAAUAGACCUCAUGAUAUUAACACUCAAAAUCAUAAUAAUUAUAAUAAUAAUAAUAAUAAUAAUAAUAAUAAUAAUAAUAAUAAUAAUAAUAAUAAUCAAUGGACCACGACAAAACAAAAUAAAUGGUCGCAAAAAACCACAACCGCCGCGUCAAAUUUGUAUCCUCAUGAUUCAUACAACAACAACAACCACAACAACAACCACAACAACAACAACAACAACAACAACCACAACAACAACAACAAUGAAAAUUCAUCGAUUAAUUGGCCUCAUAAAACUUCUACCGAAUCUAAUCGAUAUACUUUUGCACCACAAACAAGUUCACGGCCAUCUAAUCUUCAACCAACUUCAAGUCCUGUCACACAUGGAAAAUUGAGGAAAAGCGAAAUUAAAUGUCAGGAAUAUAGUAAAGAAAUAACGAAAAAUAUAACCGGAUUGCCUCUGACCAUCGAUCCCAAUCCUGUAGUCAUAUCCGUUCGGAAAUGUGUUCAGGCACAGCAAUUGAUUGUGGGAGGUGAAAAUACAACAAUCGGAGAAUUUCCACAUAUGGCAGCCGUAGGUUUCAGAGAUCGAAACAAACAAGGUAUCGCUUGGAAUUGCGGUGGAACCUUAAUCAGCGAACAAUUCGUGUUAACUGCAGCGCAUUGCACUUCGACAAGUUCGGGGCCUCCGGUUAAAGUACGUCUUGGGGAGUACAAUUUGUUGAAAAAUGACGACGGAGCACAUCCGGUAGAUUAUGCCGUGUCUGAUAUUAUAACCCAUCCGGAAUAUAAACCUCCUUCGAAAUACCACGACAUAGCUUUGCUUAAAUUAUCUAGAAGAGUACAAUUUUUCAAACACAUACGACCCGCUUGCCUUUAUUUGGGUGACACAUACUCUCUGACAAAAGCUAUAGCCACCGGUUGGGGCCGCAUGUUUUACGAUGGAAAAUCGAGCGAUAUUUUACAAAAAGUUGUUUUGAGUAUUGUUGACAACGACACUUGUAAUCGACUUUAUAAAUUUAACGUUAAAACUGAAGUUUUAUCCAGGGGUAUCGUCGAUAGUCAGGUUUGUGCGGGAGAGCUCAGCGGUGGAAAAGACACCUGUCAGGGAGAUUCUGGUGGUCCUUUGAGUAUAACAAAUACGAAAUGUAUUCAUCACAUCGUUGGAAUAACAUCCUUUGGAAAAAGUUGCGCUUUGCCAAAUUCUACUGGAGUCUAUACAAAAGUUUCUGCUUAUAUUCCAUGGAUUGAAAGUAUUGUAUGGCCGGAAUAA